CAUCACAACAGAGUUCAUUCACACUACGUGACUCAUGGCACACAUCCCGUCAUCAAACGAACAGAAGUGCAUGAAGCAAAACUCGCAUCGCCAGAGCCAGGUUCGACGUGGCUACGAUCGCUUCGCAAACUGAUGACGCAGUAUGCGUGAUGUCUUCAUUCCGUUUCAACCCAUCAACACUGACGGAUUGAAAUUGUUCUAUCUGCUCGAAAUAAAAGCGGGAUCUUGUGCUUGAGCGCUUCAAAGUCCGAUUAGUGUUUGUAAACUGAACAUCGUCUUGACAAACUUGUCUGAGCCGUAGCUACCUACCAGUUAUUACCGCAAGCGUGUAGCGGAUCACCACCGCUCAUUGAGUAUUCUGAGCGGGUUGUUUUAUGUGGUUAACAGUGAGGUGUGGUUUGAAUAUCAAUUCUCUCCGUCUGGCGUAUAGAGAGCUUCCGCCAAGCGGUCGCCAGUAAAUUUUGUUCGGGGUGGUAUUCUGGUUCAUAAUUAUCCGUGUCCAGAGAGAGAAAAAAACCAACCGUGCCAAAUGCAUAUCACGCAGGAGGACCGCCAUCUCUCACCGUUGAGUGGCCCACUGAUCAGCAAGGACAACCAUAGAGAUCGAAACAGCCAUUACUACAAUCCUCUCAAAAUGGCCGACCCGGCCGGCGGCGGGAGAAAAGCAGUCUUGAAAGGGCCGAGCGGGGAAAGGACUCUCUCCGAAGCCCUGGCAGACUUUCCCGGGGAACUGGUGCGGACCGAGAGCCCAAACUUCGUCUGCUCCGUCUUGCCAUCCCACUGGAGAUGUAACAAGAGUUUGCCCGUGGCUUUCAAAGUGGUGUCGCUGGGAGAAAUUAAAGAUGGGACGAUGGUGUCCAUCGCGGCAGGCAACGAUGAGAACCACUGUGCCGAGCUCCGGAAUGCGACAGCGGUCAUGAAAAACAACGUCGCUAGAUUCAACGAUUUGCGAUUUGUUGGAAGAUCCGGCAGAGGAAAAAGUCUGACGUUAUCAAUUAUCAUUGCGACCAAUCCACCUCAGAUUGCGACUUAUAACCGUGCAAUAAAAGUGACAGUUGAUGGGCCAAGAGAACCAAGAAGACAUCGGCCAAAGCUUGAGGAACCUCGCGUGCACCAGUCUCUCCCAAACCCCGGCCUGCCAUUCCCUAAUCGCAUUGGGGAGCUGACGGGUUUCUCGCCCGCCAAGACCCAGCCUAUGCCUCAGCCCCCAGUGCGCAGCAUCCGACCUCAGGUCCUCAACACUACCAACAACUAUCUGGCCGUUACGCAAGAUAAUCAGCAGCAGCAACAGCAACAGCAAGAUGUCGUCGCAAUCAAUCGACCCUCUUCCACCUCUUGGCCCUACUACCAAACUGCUGGGUUCUUCACCCCUCAACCCCAAGCCACCACGGCUAUACCUGCCCUCAGUCCCACUCGGACGACAGCGGCUGACCUCAAGAUGGAGACCAUUGACAGCAUGGGUCAACUCACCCCGCUGACAUCGGUGACGAGCACGGAGAACUCGCUCACGCACAUGCUGGCGGCCUCAGACCCCCGUUUGGCUAACCCCCGAGGGGCAGCUGACCCACGGUUCAUCUAUCCCAACAGCGUGACAUCAGGCUUCCCCUCCUCGUCAGUUUUGUCCCCCAGCACUGAUUCCAGUCGUUUUCUCCCCAUGACACCAACCACUUUUACCCUCCCUCCUCCGGAUCUCUUUGGGGGUGGUCCCCCCACCCCGGUCACAUUGACAUCCCCACCGUAUCUGCCCAGUUCCCCACCCUACCAGCUGUACCCCCACCUGUACAUGACGUCACCCACAUCUCACCAGCCCCCACAAAACUUCUUCGAGAGCACGCCUCAUGUGCUGCCUCCCAGCACCACACGCUCUGAGAGCAAAUCGGAAGACAUCAAGCCCAGAGACAUCCCCUCCCAGACGAUAGCCCACCACCCUGAGGGGCCUGACAUGUCCACCCUCAUGCCCUAUGACCCCACACGGACUGAUAUUGCCCCUGGUAACAUUGGCUCCCUUCAAGCAGCUUCUGGGAUGCCUAUCCCGUUGUCAUUACACCACGCCCAAGACCCAUCAGGGCUGCAUCCUCUCCCAGUAGACGAAGAUAGAAAAGAAGAUGUUUGGAGACCGUACUGAUUGCAUCAAUCAAACUGAUCUUUCCUUAAUGAUUAAAAUCCAAGGUAGCAACUGUGAUAUUUAUAUGAAGGUAUCUAUAAAUCAGAAAUAAGAUGAUACUCUAUUUGAGAUGUUGGCUUCAGAUGACAAAGAGAUAGAUUUGCUUGUGGAAUUCAUCACCCCAAAUCAACAGAGCUGCUCAUAAUAACUUCACCCCAAAUCUAAGUUAAAAGUAAGUAACUACUUGACAUGUUCAUCACUGAUAGCUGAGAUAUUCGUAAAGCAUUGAUCCCUGAACAGGUGCAAAGUUUUCUUCUGCUGGUAAAUUCAACCAAAUAUUUAUACAAAGAAAAAACCCACCAAAGCAACGGAGGUGCAUCAAAACGAGUAAUGAAAGUUGACACAAAGCCACAUUCUGACUCUUCAAGACUGUAGUCAGAGUGAGAGUUCCGUGGGUGUCAUUUUCUCCUUGUUCAUGGAGAAGGAAUGCUGUAGCCUAUUUGUAGGCCAAAGUUUGUUUCUCUUUCUAAAAGUAGACAUGACAACCUACUUACCUUGGAAUGCAGUUUUAGUCUUGACUUUCUGUGUGUAUAAUGGCACAGCUCACAACUGGGUAAUUAUUUUAAUUAUGCAACGGCCAUCUUGUUUCUUCCCAAGAUAGUAUCUGACUAAAAAUGAACUCCUUGGGUAAUUCCUCACAGCAUUCGGUAGUACAUGAAAAGGAUAGUUGACCAGGAUGGCUGUCACGAUUACAAUAGAUUCUACAGGCUAAUCUCUGCUCCCAAAACCAUUAAGUAAUCAAUCAACAUAUCUUUACUAGUAUUUAAAACUGCCUUGCCCAUGAUUUUGUUACCGUAUUGUAAACCAGUAACUUUAAUGCUACAAUAGACUUAGAUGGCGUUUACAAAGCUAGAUGUAGACAUACGGUAGAUUGUAGAUAAAAGAAAUAAUAUAUUCACUAUUUAUUAAUAUUUAAUGGCAAAACAAAUUUGAAAUCUGUGUGGAAUUUCCUGCUCGACAUUCCAAAGAAUUCAUCAAAAGUGACCAAGAAGUGACUUUCAAGACUAAGUAGAAUUAGUCCCUUUAAGUUCUCCCCUGAUGGUUAGAUUUACAAGUCAUUUGUGGUUUCGGUAUGUCACUUUAAGUUUACAGGGCAAGCUAGUUAUAACAGUCCCGCGGUAUAGUUUGGUUUCUGCAGUCAUAUUGGCUCUAAGAUUCUUUGUUGAUAUUUAUGACUGUUGUGAUUUCUUUGAACCCUUGCGCACAAAUAAAUCGUGAUCUGACCAUUUUGUAAUGUAUGUAAUAAAUCAUCUGCUAUAUAAGGUGUGUGGUUCACAACCAUUGACAAAUCGGCAUAUUUUAAUUAAGAACGCAGUCUGCUUCCAAGAGAUUUUCGGCUGAUGGUUCAGAACCUGCAGAACUAAGCCACUGUUUCAAUUUCAAAACAGGUUAAAAUGUUAGUCAACAGGCAGUCAGAAACUUGAUAGUUGUUGGGGAAAAAAUGACAACAAGUGUUAAGAACAGUAUUGUGCACAAGGGUGUCAAAGUAUUAGCUGCUUUUGUUUUCUUAUAAUUGUUAAUUGUUGUAUCAUAAUUUAAUUGUUGGAAUACAGACUCCCCAAGGGAGUUUUGUUAAUGGAUGAUUCAAGUUAUUACAAAGUAAAUAUUUUUUAAGACAGAAGAUGAAACAAAAUGUAAAAAGAGAGAGAGAAAUUUUUAGGUGUUAAGAAGAUGAAUCACAAAAAGUGAAGGUUACUUGAAUCACGAGGCAGUAACAAAAGUGCAUAAUUGCUCCUACUCGAAAACCACCUUUUCAGAACAAAACUUGAGAACAAAGUUCCACAUUUGUGAGGAAAAUACACACUUUGUGGUAACCAUUAGACACAAGUGUCGAGUGAAAUAUGCCUUAAACCCAUCCUUUUUUUUAAAUAUGAUAGACUGACUGAAAGAUAAACAAAAACUUAAAAAAAACCCACUGUGUUCCUUGGGAAUACUUAUCAACUUAGCUCUUCACAUUCAAACACUAUCAUCGGAAAAACAGAAUGACAAACAGAAAGUUGAUUUUACCAGUCUCUGUUUCAUAUUUCUUGGAAUCUGUAAGGUAAUAAAUUAAGAAAAUAUUUAUAGUGGUGGGUUUUGGAAACUAGAUGUGUUUAGAUUGCCUUGUAUUGUACAGAUAUGUACAUAAAAAAAACUUAUUUAAAAAGAUGUGAUUCAAAAUGAAAUAUUAGAUUGACCAAGAAUGCAAAUGUGAUACUUAAAGAUUUCUCACGCUUUUAUUUUCUACGUGCGUAAUCAAGAAACUGUAAAAACGUCCAUGUGUUUGUAUUGAUAGCAGCGCGAGUGUCAAUGCGAAAGUGUGACUGAAAAAAAAAGGAAAAUAAACAGAAAAGAGAGAAGGCAACUGUAAUUUUGUAUGUUUACCUUAAAUCUAGAUAAAUGUAAAUUAAUUAGCUGAUUUUUAAACCUGUUUGGAAGGUGUUGUGUGUUGUUCUGUAUUUUUUUUUACUGUAAUGGUAAUAAAAACUUUCCAACAAAUUGUUUUUCUUGUUAUCAGAAGUGUUAUCCCUCUUUCAGGAAUGGUUUCCAAAUGAGUGUUGUUAAGUUUCAGUGCUUUUGUGCUAUUUGAAACAAGUUCUGUGAUUGGAUGAUUAAGACUGAAUAAAUACCUUAAAAUGUUACUGGAUGAAAGGAGUCGUGCCAAUUAAAGUCUCUCCCAGGCUGUGUAUUCUUGAGUUUGAAAAACGAAGUUUCACAGUUUUCUUUGGAAGCUUUGGGUUGCCAUGAAUGUACAAGUUAGUGGCAGAACAUUUUGCAGAGCUUUUGUUUGGUGAGGCUAGCUGGGUUAUUUUCCAGGGAUAAAUUCCCAAAUAAUCGGUCAAGAUUUGUUCAGUGUUAAUUUUUUAGUUACAGGCAUAUGUCUAUUCCAAUACUGUACCACUACAAUGAACAGAAUCAUUUCAGAAAACCUAUAGUUUCUCAGUACAAAUUUAUGAUACGAAGUUUGUAACUGAAGAGCGCAAUAUAGCUGGUUUCUGUGCUUGGUACAAAAGUCUAUGUGGUUAUUCAGUAGUACACAGGGAACUAGACUUCCAGCAACAGAAGAACGAUGGCGAGAGAUUUUAAAAAGGCAGAAUGUUGACAAAGUAGCAUUUUUGGAAAGGAGCAUUUUUUGAAGGGGAGCAAAGUUUUCUGUUAUUAAAUUGCAAUGCAAUGUGGAUCAAUGCA